CCUUCAUUUUUUGAUUUUCAUGCCCAUUCCAUUCAUUUUGGUUUUGCUUGUGGAGUACAUCUUUUUAUGCCAAAUUGAUUGCUAUGCUUGAAUUGUUCCUUUUGAUAGUGUUGAUUGGUGUAGAGUUACUGUCUUGGGACAGGUUUGGAUUUUGCAGAUAAGAUGUUUGUUGAAAUGUAGCCAUGAAUUUGCUUAUUUUGAUUUUGAGCCUAACAUGUUUCCAAUUGUUGUAGUGUGCUUACAAGUUGAUAUUGUUUGUUGUGAAUGCAUGAUCCUUGUGUGGUUGAGUAAAAGUUCAAAUGAACAAGCUUUCAUUCAUGGUGCUUCAAGGAAUGAUUUAUUUUACAUAUAUAUUUGUAGGGGAUAUAAGGUUGGUUUUGUGACUGGGGUAGGGGAGUUCAGUGAUAAGAAGAUUAGAAGAAAGCACCCACCAAAGAAGACCGACAUAGAGGUACUCAUACUACAAAAAUAUUUUCAAUCAAACUUAAAGGAAAUGAAAGUUUGUAUGCUCAUUAUAAUGUGUACUGGAUCGAAAAUGGUCCUCCAGUGGAUUACCGUGAUUUAAUCGAAGAAUAUGUUGUUAUUUUAAUGGAUGGCUGAGAGUUGUGACCUGCUUCAUGGAAAACUGAUCUGGGAUUCUGGGUUGGUAUUUAGUCCUUUGUGUGAAACUUUGUUUGUCAAUAACCUUCAACUGAAUUAUGGAUUUGGUUUACAGUUUACCAUCUGAAACUCCAACUACAUUUGUGGCUUCUUUGACUGUGUAUCGUGCAAAACGCAACAUAAGCUUAGUUAUAUGCCGGAGGUGACAGUGUUGGGCUUGAAAGAGAAUUAUGUCUCCGUCAUAUGAAGCUCUGAUUUUGAUUCAGAAGAUGAUGAAAGUUCCUCCAGAAAAAGCAUUCUCAAUCUUCAUUUCCUCAACAUUUGAAGGCCUUCAACACACCUCCCAAUCUGUAUCGUUUAUCUUAAAUCGUCUUCUCUCCUCUGGCAUGCUAUCCAAGGCUCAAUCUAUACUUGCGCGCGUAAUCUCGGGUCAAAUCUCGUCAUCAGUGUUCUCCCCUUCUUCACUUAUGGACCAACUAACACAAAUUCAUUUCACCUCUAAUUCAACCUGUCUUCUUCUGUAUGAUACAAUUGUUAAUGCUUAUGUUCAUUCUCAGUCACAUGAUCAAGCCCUCUAUUUCUUACAACAGAUGGUUCACAAGGGCCAUACUCCUACAUCAAACACAUUCAAUAAUCUUUUGAACUUACUUAUUAGAUCAAAUUGUUUUUGCAAAGCAUGGUUAGUUUUCAACGAGUUAAAGAGCAAGGUUGUUCUGGAUGUUUACAGUUUUGGGAUCAUGAUCAAGGGUUGUUGUGAAGCUGGUGACUUGAUGAAAAGUUUUCAGCUUCUGGCUAUGAUGGGCGAGACAGGUUUGUCUCCUAAUGUUGUCAUAUACACUACACUGAUUGAUGGUUGUUGCAAGAAUGGCGAUGUUCAUCUGGCAAAGAAGUUGUUUUCCAAGAUGGAAAAAUUAGAUUUAGUUGCGAAUCAGCAUACUUACAGCAUAUUAAUAAACGGGUUUUUCAAACAAGGCCUUCAAAAGGAAGGAUUUCAUUUGUACGAAAACAUGAAGCGAAGUGGAAUUAUUCCUAAUGUUUAUGCAUACAGCUGUGUGAUUGGUGAAUAUUGCAAUGACGGGAACAUCGAUAAAGCUUUUAAUGUAUUCAAUGAAAUGCGUGAGAAAGGUAUAGCGUGUGGUGUUAUGACAUACAACCUUUUGAUAAACGGGUUGUGUCGAACGAAGAAGCUUGGUGAAGCUGUAAAGUUGGUUUAUCGUGUAAACAGGGUUGGCAUAAGGCCUAAUAUAUUUACAUAUAACACAUUGAUCAAAGGGUACUGUGAUGUUGGAAAGAUCGACACUGCGGUUAGAUUAUUUAACGAAUUGAAGUCAAAUGGACUAUCGCCUACAGUCGUGACAUAUAAUACUCUGAUUACAGGAUAUUCGAAGAUUGGAAAUUUAGCCGGUGCUCUUAACUUGGUCAAGGAAAUGGAAGAAAGACACAUUGCUCCUUCCAAAGUGACAUAUACAAUUCUACUUGGUGGGUUUGUAAGGUUAAAUUAUAUGGAUAAAGCAUUUGAGAUACAUUCUUUAAUGGAGAAAUCUGGUUUGGUUUCAGAUGUUUACACAUAUGGUGCAUUAAUACAUGGGUUAUGUAUGAAUGGCAACAUGAAAGAAGCAUCCAAAGUCUUCAAAACAUUGGGUGAGAUACACAUCGAACCUAAUAGUGUCAUAUAUGAUAUAAUGAUUCAUGGUUAUUGCAAAGAAGGAAACUCUUAUAGGGCUCUUAGGUUACUCAAAGAAAUGAUUGGGAAAGGAAUGGUUCCAAAUGUGGCUAGUUUUUGUUCAACCAUAGGGAUUCUUUGUAGGGAUGGAAAAUUGAAGGAAGCUGAGCUUGUUUUACAAGAUAUGGUAAAUUUGGGACUAAAGCCAUCAAUAUCAUUGUACAAUAUGGUUCACAAAGAUAAAAAUGAUGUUUUGGAUGUUGAUCUUGAAAGUGUAAUAUAAUUUGUAAUUUCAUAAAUUUAUUUGAUUCUAGUUUGGUUGUCAAUCACCAAGACGUGGAGUAAAAAAUACAUAUACUCCUCAUUAAAAAUUUA